AUGCCACCAAAAAAGAAGAGAGACAAAUUCGCAAACAUGACUGAGGAGGAGAAAGCGGUUUAUUUGGAGCAGCAGCGAUUAGCUGAGGAAGAUGCGAAGGCCAGAAAAACUGCAAUGCUGACCAAAUAUCUUCAAGAUAAGUUGGAAAAAGAGGAGAAAAUUACUCGGUUAAAUCAGUUCAAACUCAUUCAUCAUUGGAGAACAAUUAUGCGGGAGACCAAAUCCCAUGAGUUGAAGCGAGAUAUUGACAUUCUGUCACAAACAUUCGAGCGCAUUAUUGACAGAAAGGACAGCAUCAUAAAAACGUUGAUUAAAGACUUGAACGAAGCCGAAGAGCAGCAUAUGAUGUCGUUGCGCUCACAUCUUGACAAUGUCGAUCGCAUGAUUGAAUUGCAGAACGGUCGGCUACAAAAACUUCGCACGGACUAUGAGACCGAACUGCAGUUGUUGAUCUCAGAGUUUGGACGUGAGGAAGAUUUUUUGAUUGCACAACACGGAAAACAGUUAGAUGAUUUGAAAGACAUCUUUGUGGCUCUAGACAGCACCUAUACAGCUAAAGAAGCUGAUGCAAAGACUGAACAACACAGUAUGAAAGACGAACUAAAAAACAAAAAUUUGGAAGACAAACAUGCACUUCGCAUUUCACUCGAGACUAAAGUGAAUCACUUAUGGUUCGAUUUCAAAACUGCACUCAGUCAGUACAAUAAGACAACAGAGGAGAAAAUUUCAUUUUUCGAGAACUUGAAAGCCAAAGAUGAGAAAUCUGCGGCUGAAAUUGAAAUGCAAAUGAGGAAAUUGCAACGAAUCAGUGAACACAUUGGGAUCUGUAAACGCCGAAUGGCCAAAGUUUCGAAGGAGUUUGAGGAGAAGAACAAACAUUUGCGAGAUGAACGAGAAAAAUUGGUGGCUCAUUUUCAAAAUUUAAAAACACAAUUAAACAAACUUCGGGAGUCACAACAUGAGAAACUAGUAAAAGUAUCAUUGGAAAGUGGGGCAGCCACAAAACGGGUUCAACAGUUAUUGACCAAAGCGGAAAGAAUUAUCAAACUGGCGGAACACUGUCGAAAAUACGAAACGGAAGAGGAGAAAGUGAUUCCAUUCUAUUCGUCCAGUCUGACGCUGGAAGAGGAAAAACUUGUGAAUGAGGCGUAUUAUAUUGAAGGAGACAGCGAUUUGGCUAAGAUAAUGCGUCGUUGUGCGCCUCUGGAGAUGUUUUGGCGUCGUUUUAACAAAGUACAGUUGGACCGCUUAGCAAUCAUCAAAGAAAGAGAUAUGCUUCAACAAGAAAACCUGCAACUGAGGUCGUUACUUAAACAAUACCUGGACGGAAUUUCCGUGAAUGAGGAAGUGAUUGCUGGAAAGAAUAGCUUAGUCGUUAUAAAUGGGCGUACUAAUGUGAAGUGA